AUGCACUACACCGUCAUGCACUACAACGUGAUGCACUACACCGUCAUGCACUACAACGUGAUGCACUACACCGUCAUGCACUACAACGUGAUGCACUGCACCGCCAUGCACUACACCGUCAUGCACUACAACGUGAUGCACUACACCACCAUGCACUACAACGUGAUGCACUACACCGUCAUGCACUACACCGUCAUGCACUACAACGUGAUGCACUACACCGUCAUGCACUACAACGUGAUGCACUACACCAUCAUGCACUACACCGUCAUGCACUACACCGUCAUGCACUACAACGUGAUGCACUACACCGUCAUGCACUACAACGUGAUGCACUACACCGUCAUGCACUACACCGUCAUGCACUACAACGUGAUGCACUACACCCUCAUACACUACAACGUGAUGCACUACACCCUCAUACACUACAACGUGAUGCACUACACCGUCAUGCACUACAACGUGAUGCACUACACCGUCAUGCACUACAACGUGAAGCACUACACCAUCAUGCACUUCACCGUCAUGCACUACACCGUCAUGCACUACAACGUGAUGCACUACACCGUCAUGCACUACAACGUGAUGCACUACACCACCAUGCACUACAACGUGAUGCAAUACACCAUCAUGCACUACACCGUCAUGCACUACAACGUGAUGCACUACACCGUCAUGCACUACAACGUGAAGCACUACACCAUCAUGCACUUCACCGUCAUGCACUACACCGUCAUGCACUACAACGUGAUGCACUACACCACCAUGCACUACAACGUGAUGCACUAUACCAUCAUGCACUACACCGUCAUGCACUACAACGUGAUGCACUACACCCUCAUACACUACAACGUCAUGCACUACACCGUCAUGCACUACAACGUGAUGCACUACACCCUCAUACACUACAACGUGAUGCACUACACCGUCAUGCACUACAACGUGAUGCACUACACCGUCAUGCACUACAACGUGAUGCACUACACCGUCAUGCACUACACCGUCAUGCACUACACCGUCAUGCACUACAACGUGAUGCACUACACCGUCAUGCACUACAACGUGAUGCACUACACAGUCAUGCACUACACCGUCAUGCACUACACCGUCAUGCACUACAACGUGAUGCACUACACCAUCAUGCACUACAACGUGAUGCAAUACACCAUCAUGCACUACACCGUCAUGCACUACAACGGCAUGCACUACACCAUCAUGCAGUGCAACAUCAUGCACUACGACAUAAUGCACUACAACGUGAUGCAAUAA